AUGGGCUCAUUCAUGAUGGACUCGUUGAAGAAGAAAAAGGACAUGGUGCACGUCGAGCAUACCCCUAAAGACGACAAAGCAGUUUUAGGGGUUGCAGAAUUGCCCGCCGAAUUCGCGCACCUAGACGAAAAGAAGAUUCUGCGCAAGAUGGACAUACGAUUGAUUCCCAUCCUCGCCCUCCUCUACCUUCUCUCCUUCCUCGACCGCGGCAACAUUGGCAACGCCAACAUUGAGGGCCUCUCUGAGGACUUGCGCCUCACGCCCGACCAGUACAAUUGGUGUCUCACCGUCUUCUUCUUCACCUACGCCUUCUUUGAGGUCCCCAGUAACCUGAUGCUCAAGAAGCUGCGCCCCAGCCGCUGGCUGCCCAGCAUCAUGGUCGCAUGGGGCAUUGUCACAACGCUCAUGGGCAUCGUCCGCAAUUAUCACGGCCUCUUGAUCGCGCGCAUCUUUCUCGGCGUCGCCGAAGCCGGCCUCUUUCCCGGCGUCGCUUACUACCUGACCAUGUGGUACUGCCGCCAUGAGAUGCAGCUGCGCCAGGCCAUGUUCUUCUCUGCCGCCUCCGUCGCCGGCGCCUUUAGCGGGCUCCUCGCCUUCGCCAUUAGCAAGAUGCACGGUGUCGGCGGGCUCGAGGGCUGGCGCUGGAUCUUUAUCCUCGAGGGCCUCGUCACCAUUGUCGUCGCCGUCGUGUCCUUCUUUACACUCUACGACUUUCCUGAGACGGCAGGCUUCCUCACCGAGGAUGAGCGCGCGUUUGUCGUGUAUCGGCUCAAGUAUCAGGGUCAGGUCACGAGCACGACGUCGGAUGGCGGCCCGGCUACCGCUCGAGUUGCACAAUCGGAGGAGUUUCAGUGGAAGUACGUGUGGCAGGCAUUCACCGACUGGCAGAUUUACGUCAAUACCUUUGUGUCCUGGGGUGUUGUGUGUCCGUUGUACGGCAUUAGCUUGUUCCUCCCGACCAUCAUCAAGGACCUCGGCUACCAGAAAAGCACCGCCCAGCUCAUGACCAUUCCAAUUUACAUUACCGCUUCGGUUCUUGCCGUAUUUAGCGCCUUCUUCUCUGACAGAGUAGGCAUGCGUAGCCCAUUCAUCGUUACGCUUCUCUGCGGCAUGGCCGCCGGCUUUGGCAUGUGCAUCGGCUCGAGCGACCCCAAAGUCGUCUAUGGUGGCGUUUUUUUCGCCGCCUGCUGCAUUUAUCCAGCUUUUCCUGGUGUCAUUACCUGGCUCUCUAACAAUCUCGCUGGCAGCUACAAGCGAAACGUCGGCAUGGCUCUCCAAGUCGGCAUCGUCAACCUGGGCGGCGCUUUGGCGGCCAACUUUUACCGCAAAAAGGAUAAGCCUAGAUUCAUCCUCGGUCACGCGCUUGAGCUUGGCUUCAUCGGCCUCGGCAUUGUUGCCGCUGUCUCGCUCGUGGUGACGUACCGUCGCAUCAACGACAAGCGCGACCGACAGAUGCGCGAGGGUGCCGAGCGCCUGCACACGGCUGAGGAGCUGGCGGCCAUGGGCGACAGGGCGGUCACGUUUCGAUACAUGUAUUAA